CAACCCUUCAAACUAAACUCACUCAUCCCAACAAUGGCUUCUUCUACUACUACUCUACCAUUAUGCACCAACAAAACCCUCUCUUCUUCCUUCACCCACAAUUCUUUCGUAGCAAAACCGUCUCAGUUUUUCCUCCAUGGAAGCCGUCGUCAAAGUUUCAAGGUUUCAUGCAACGCCAAUAACUCGGGCGAGCAUGAAAAAAACCUUGAAGGUGUUGACAGAAGGAAUGUUCUUCUUGGUUUAGGAGGGCUCUAUGGUGCUGCUAAUCUUGCACCAUUAGCCACUGCUUCUCCUAUACCACCCCCUGAUCUCAACUCUUGUGGUACAGCCACGAUUACUGAUGGUCCACCUGUACCAUAUAGUUGUUGUCCCCCUAAACCUGAAGAUUUGGACAGCGUUCCAUAUUACAAGUUCCCCUCUGUGACCAAGCUCCGUAUUCGUCAACCUGCUCAUGCGGUUGAUGAGGAGUACAUAGCCAAGUACCAGUUAGCCAUUAGUCGAAUGAGGGAACUUGACAAAUUAGACCCAUUUGAUCCUAUUGGCUUCAAGCAACAAGCCAAUGUCCAUUGUGCUUAUUGCAAUGGUGCGUACAAAAUUGGUGGCAAAGAGUUGCAAGUUCACUUCUCUUGGCUUUUCUUCCCGUUCCAUAGAUGGUACUUGUACUUCUACGAGAGAAUCUUGGGCUCUUUAAUCAAUGACCCAACUUUUGCUUUGCCAUAUUGGAACUGGGACCAUCCAAAGGGCAUGUGUUUGCCUCCUAUGUUCGAUGUUGAAGGGUCUUCCCUUUACGACGCAAAGCGUAACCCACACGUCCGUAACGGAACCACAAUGGAUCUUGGUUCUUUCGGUGAAGAGGUCCAAACAACUCAACUCCAGCAGAUGGCGAAUAACUUAACUCUUAUGUACCGUCAAAUGAUAACUAAUGCUCCGUGCCCGUUGUUGUUCUUUGGUAAGCCUUACCCUCUGGGAACUGAUCCCAGUCCAGGGAUGGGAACUAUUGAAGAUAUUCCUCAUAAUGCUAUCCACGCCUGGACUGGUACAGUGCGAGAUAACGUCACGUCAUUCGGUGAGGAUAUGGGUAAUUUCUACUCAGCUGGUUUGGACCCAGUUUUCUAUUGCCACCAUGGCAAUGUGGACCGGAUGUGGAAUGUAUGGAAAACACUAGGAGGGAAAAGAAAGGAUUUGGCGGACAAAGAUUGGUUGAACUCGGAGUUCUUUUUCUACGAUGAAAACCGCAACCCAUGGCGUGUGAAAGUCCGAGACUGUUUGGACAGCAAGAAGAUGGGGUACGAUUACGAACCAAUGCCCACUCCAUGGCGUUACUGUAAGCCAAUAAGAAAGACUACAACAGGAAAAGUGAAUACAGGUGCACUUCCACCAGCCAGCAAGGUAUUCCCACUCGCGAAGCUGGACAGAGCCAUUUCCUUUUCCAUCAAUAGGCCGGCAUCGUCAAGGACUUCACAGGAGAAAAGGGAACAAGAGGAGUUGCUGACAUUCAACCAUGUCAAGUACGAUGAUAGAAAAAACAUAAGGUUUGAUGUGUUCCUCAACGUGAACAAGACUUUUAAUGCGGAUGAGCUUGACAAGCCAGAGUUUGCAGGGUGCUACACCAACUUGCCACAUGUUCAUGGAGAUACUCAUACUGCGGAUGCUAGUUUCCAGCUGGCCAUCAAUGAACUAAUGGAGGACAAUGGCCUCGAAGAUGAAGACACUAUUGCUGUAACUUUGGUUCCAAAGAAAGGUGGCGAAGUGAUCUCCAUUGAAAGUGCGGAGAUCAAGCUUGAGGAUUGUUAAGUCCUGUUUUGGUGGCUAUGGUGCCAAAAUUAAACUGUUGUGUGCGCUUUUAUAUGUUUUUAUUUCUAUUAAAAUAACAGCUAGAUUGCUGACCGGUGUUUCUAGUCAUCGGAAUAAA